ACGGAGCAAGCGCUUUUGUAUCGGCAUUUCUGCAUUAGCGAGAAGAAACCCACGCGGCUGGGGGUCGGUGAGGACUUCUAUACCGACAGAGAAUGAAUCGCCCAAUGGCGAUGGUUGACCUGCGAGACUCGAGUUUCCUGCAGGACGUGGAGUCGCCGCUAACGGUUCCCAAGGUGACCCCCGAGUCGUCGGAGGGCACGGUGGUCAGCUCGGACGAGGAGGAGACUAACAACCACAGCCACGCCAGCAGCACAGGCCGACCGCCAAUGACGCCCAUGCGGACUGGUAAGGCAACCGCAGACGAGGUUUUCCUCAGAAAUAUGCUUGGGCUGCUGAACAAGCGCGGCUACAACGUGCGCGAUUCAGCACUGGAGACGUCCAUCACUUCAUCCUCCGCUAGCUUCACGCGCUCCAGUAGCAUCACCAGCACGGGCUCCACUAUCUCGUCCGUUUUGCUAGCGUUACGCGAGCCCAAUCACGGCCAGACGCCAUUCCACAUCGCCGUACGCAAGGGCGAUGUACAGAUACUGGACGCAUUACUCGAGCACGAGAGUAUCGACGAGCUACUGGACGCCCCCGACUUUAACGGCAACACAGCGCUGCACUUCGCCACAGGCAACUGGAGGCACCCCAUGUGCCUCACCAUCACUGAGAGGCUACUGGAAGCAGGCGCCAAUGUCAACGCACAGAACAAACGCGGCCUCACGCCGCUAGCCGUGCACAUGCUCACGCUCAAGAUCGACAACCCGACGCUCAUUGUGAAGCUGCUUGAAGCCGGAGCCGACCCGAACACAGAGGCCGAAGGUGUCGCUGUGUUGCAUCUCGCUGCGCGUCGCGAUCUACCCGUGAUUUCUGGAGUGUUGGUCGCCUUUGGAGCGUCGAUGUUGCAGCUGAACACGGACGGACUCAUGUGCUACGAAGUGGCGCCCAAUCGCGUCAAGCAGUUCAUGGUACGCAGCAUCAACAAGACGCCGGCUUAUCUGCCAAUGACACAACGCAGCACUUGCAUGCGAUGCAAGUCCCCGACGCUGAUUAACUCUAAAAAGGCGUUCGGCAACAUGAUGAAGAAGGUACUGGGCAUGCACAUGUGCGCCCACCAAUGCAACUGCUAUCACUGCGGGAUGCUCUUUUGCUCGCAGUGCUUAAAACCUUCAGCCGCUGUCAGUGCGAUCCCCUUCGUGCGGGACGACGACGACCCGGAUGACAAGAUCAAAACCUGCCGUUUGUGUGAAGCAGUUCUGCUGGAGCGCAAGAGGAAGCAGGCGACGCAACACGCCUUCGACAUGCACCUCAUGGGCUUCAACAGGACCGUAUAGACACUGACGGACUGCGCAUUUUUAAACGCAGACACUAUCACCGCAAAGGCGACAACAAAACUCGACGGAAGAGUGGAAAAAUUGUAAAGACAGAGGAGACCGCACCAAAGGGAGCGACUCGGCGGCCUUCUUCUCUAUCUUCCCGACUGCUGAGUCGCCCGGACCGAUAACUUAAUAUGAGCAGCGUGCAUUUUUGUUUUCCA